UCUCCGUGGCUCUCUAAGGCAUCAUGGUUGCCAUAGCAGCCAGAUGCUGAUGAUGCCUCCAGAGGGUAGCAAGAUGAAAUUGAGCCAGCUCUCAAGUCCUCGCUUCUCCAUGCCCUUUCAAGGCCAGAGAGAGAUGGUCUGAAGCUUAGCUUCCUGGCGAGCCCCCCAUUCUGUCUUAGAUCACUUAGGCUCACACAACCUGCCUCUGCACCCCAGUUGAGGGCCCCGAAGCACCCCUUUGGAGACUUCCUCCUCUCCAAGCUCUGUCUCCUGGCACCUUGCCUGGUUGCCUUGGAAACAGGUUCCACUGCGGACAAAGGAGGGAGCUGGGUCCUGCUUCCUCUUGGUCCUGUCGAUGAGGAUUUUUAGACCGUGGAGACUGCGCUGCCCUGCCCUGCAUCUGCCCUCACUCCCCACAUUCUCGUUUAAGCGGAGCUUGCCCACCUUCACCCCCGACGAGGACAUGUGUAAAAGUGUGACCACAGGGGAGUGGAAGAAAGUCUUCUAUGAGAAGAUGGAAGAGGCAAAGCCAGCUGACAGCUGGGACUUCAUCAUAGACCCCAACCUCAAGCACAAUGUGCUGGCCCCCGGCUGGAAGCAGUACUUGGAGCUGCACGCCUCAGGCAGGUUCCACUGCUCCUGGUGCUGGCACACCUGGCAGUCGCCCCACGUGGUCAUCCUCUUCCACAUGUACCUGGACCGCACCCAACACGCAGGCUCCGUGCGCAUGCGCGUCUUCAAGCAGCUGUGCUACGAGUGCGGCACGGCGCGGCUGGACGAGUCGAGCAUGCUGGAGGAGAACAUCGAGAGCCUGGUGGACAACCUCAUCACCAGCCUGCGUGAGCAGUGCUACGGGGAGCGCGGUGGGCAGUACCGCAUCCACGUGGCCAGCCGCCGGGAUACCCGGCGACACCGCGGCGAGUUCUGCGAGGCCUGCCAGGAAGGCAUCGUGCACUGGAAGCCCAGCGAGAAGCUGCUGGAGGAGGAGGCCACCACCUACACCUUCUCCCGCGCGCCCAGCCCCACCAAGCCGCAAGCCGAGGAGGGCUCAGGCUGCAACUUCUUCUCCAUCCCCUGGUGCUUGUUUUGGGCCACGGUCCUGCUGCUGAUCAUCUACCUACAGUUCUCCUUCCGCAGCUCCGUCUAAGAUUCCCUUGGGGUGGGGGCGAGGCUUGGGGGUGGAGGACCGUCAGCCCCUGGGAUUGGGUGAGAAGAGACCAGGGCUGGGAAUGGGGUCAAGCUUUGACCCUAGGACGCCGGGCACUGACGCAGUGGGGACCCUGGAGUUAAGUUACUUGGCUGGGUCAUUGUUUUUUAAGGGGAGGGGGGUUCGGGACUCCAGAGUUCUACAUAGGUGCCUUAGGGACUUUGGGUUUGGAAGGUAGACUGAGUGGGUUUCCCUGCUGGUCCCACAGCCCGUCCCCAACUCUUACCUCUUCCUCUUGCUGCAAUCAGAAGAGGGCUCCCUCAGAUGAGUUCCAUACAAGAUUUCGCAUGAAGAAAGAUUUAACUACUUUGAAAUUUGCAAGACUAGGUGAUAGCAAAAGGCUUUUCAGUAACUAUGAGCUUAUCCUUGCUUUCUGACUACUUUUCUGCCCCCUGACCCUCAUUACCUUUGCAUCUUUUAACUGCAGCCUUACAUUAACCUCUUUGCCUGCUGCAUGAGCCUCACCCUGGCUCUACCUCACCCUAUGGCAGAUUUCUCUUGAAGGGAAAAGGACAGGGGUUCUAGGCUGCUCCUUGCUGCUGGGUCCAUGGGGUCCCCAGCUUCUGUUUUCCAGUUUCUCCUGCUUCUGGCAGAUCCUGGAGUUGGCCUGGCUGAAAGAUGGUGGUUGGGGUGGAGUCCCACAGAGAGCAAGGCUUUCGGCUCACUGCAAGUGAGCUGGUGCACAAUUUAGGGGAAGUUUAUAAGACAGAGUUUUAAAAGCAGAGCAUUAGAGAAACACAUAUAACAACUUCCCAUUAUAAGGGAAAGUUUAGGACACAGAAAGGUGCAAGGGCCUGGCCUCCUGAGUUUCUGCUGAAAUAAUACUUCAGUGACUUUCCCGCAUCGGCCAUCAAGGGCCCUCUUGGCAGAGAUUGUCUAUCCACAGAGACCACAGGGGUGGAGUGCUUCAGGUUAAAGAUCUGAAAUGAAAAGUCCGUGGAGAAUCUCACACUGCUUUAAAAUGGGAUGCAAUGGUGUCUAGAGUGGCAGGAAAGAGACUUCCUGACAGUCAGGUAUGGAAUGCAGUUCAUAAGGAGAAACAGGAAGCAGAUGGUGGGAUGCCCUCCUGAACGUUUGAGGGACCUCGUUUACCCCACUUCUGUUAAUUUGACUCCUCUUCUCCUUCCCUCGUGACUCUACUAGAAAGUCAUUAUCUGUAGGGUUGGGAGAAGAGUGUCACUUCCAUAAAGGUGGGAUACUUGAAGUAUAUCUUCAGUUGGCUUUAGAAGUCAUUCAUACAUAUUUGAGACUUCCUGAGUUGUCUCUGAUCUGUAAUGAGCCAUUGGUUCCCCCUCUCCCACUACACUAUUUCCUUUCUCCUCAUUCUGUUGCCCCCAAUUAGGUUCUUUUUAGGUCCAGCUCUGGGCCGGUCCUGUCCGUAGUGUGGAGGGGCCUAGGGGAUUAGCAGAAGGUCAACUGUCUUACUCUUGGUCCCUAAUACUAGUAACUAGUUGUGACUUUCUUCACUUCCUUCAUGCAGUAUUCAUUUCUUUACCCUAUCUACAUGACCUGAUACCUAUUCUCUAGCAAGUUUUGAUUUAGGUGUUGGAUAUAGUAGGCACCUGGGAUAGGCCCUGUCUCUCAGAGAGCCCUGCUUACUGUAAAGGUUCUCAGCCCUGACUGCACUUCAGAAAUCUCAGGGAACUUUUAAAGGAAUGUCAGUGCUCAGCCUGCUGUGCUGACCAAUAGAAUCAGAAUUUAUGAGACUGGGCCUGAGCAUCUGAAUAGAGCACCUAGUGGUCCUUCUGUGCUCCCUGGAAUGAUACCUCCCUCCUGGGCCUUCCUUUGGCUUUUUGAGACAGAGUCUCACUAUGUAGUUGAGAUUGACUUGGAACUCACUAUGUAGUCC